CCUUGGCAUCAGUGCAGUCUGCAGCAGUGUACGUCCUGCGCGUGCCCACCAGACUCAAGCAGCGAGGCGUCACAACAAAGCUGGGGGCCUCGCCUGCAAAUCCAAGAUAGAGGACAAUUAAGACAUGUGGAGAUCAUAUAACAGUGUGGAAGAAAAGAAACAUACUAUGACAUCAGAGGUUUUCCUUCAAGAUGCUCAUCACUCUGAUGAAGCUGCACUUCAUAGCAUCUCAAAGCAAGAAAAUUGUGAGACAGAAAGAGAUAUAGAGGGAGGAACUGAUGAGAAGAUGGAUUGCAAAGACAAACAGAACACCCAAUUGUUCCAGAGCACAAGCCAGCCUGUGUCCCCAAAUCUAGCUAAUGAAAAUCAAGCUUGUCAGCCAAGUCUGACUGAGCAUGCAAGCAUGAUUACACAGGAAUAUAGGACUGAUUUGCCUUUAAAUGUCAUUAAGGCUGACCUUGACCCUGUUAGUAAACCCCAGGGGGAAAUAGCCUGUCCUCGCUGUGAGAGAAGGUUUACGAGUAGUCAAGACCUUGACUGCCACAUACAAACACAUGCUCUUUCAACAUACCACACACAGCGGUUUAAAUGCAGUCGAUGCCGAAGGACCUUCAGUACACUGUUUAGUCGUCGACGACAUGAGAAAAGACAUGAAAAUGGAAAUAAAAAGAUAGAUUCUCACAUAAAUACAGCUUGCACUGCUAAUCAUAAUAUCCCUGGCAGAGGUGAGCCUUUGAAAACAUCACUAAACCCAGAGCCAAAGAAAUGCAUUAAUGCAGCUGAUGCUGAACAAAAGAAUGAUAAAAACAGUGAUAUAAAAGCCUCACACAUCUGCAAGUACUGCAAAAAGGCAUUUAGGACUUAUAUUAGUCAAAGAAGACAUCAGCACAGGAUCCAUGAGCGCCAGCUUCUUCCUAGAGGAGAAUUUAAGAAAGUUACAGUAACUCAAGAAUCUGAAGUACAGCAGCUUGUUGAGACAGCACAGGAUUCCCAGACUGCUACCCCUGAACAUACAGACAUUCAGGAAAGGGAGUACAUGGUUGACAUCUCCAGUAAUAUCUCUGAAAACCUCAGCUUCUACAUAGAUGGUAAAAUUGUCUCAACAAGCGCUGUAAGUAACUGCGAGGUGAUAGAGAUGAACUCUGGGGGCUCUGCUGUCAUUGGAUUGAAUGCUGUUAUAAUCAGUCCAGCUCAAAUAACACAAGCUCUUAAAUUAGAAACUAGUACCAGCAGUUUUACCAGUGACCCUUCUGGACAGCCCUCAACCAGGCGUAGGACGUCAACUCCACCUUUACUCCCACAAAUAAAAACAGAAUUAGAGUCUGAAUCCAUCCUGAGCACCUCAUCGUCUUCCUUUUCAACUUUAACUCUGGCUUCUACAUCUGGAGCUCCACUAGUCACUGCUCAUUUACCUCAGUCCAUUGAGACAGUUGCCUUUUCCAAAGAAAAAACUGUUUAUCUGUCACCCAAACUCAAGCAGCUACUUCAAAACCAAGAUGGAAGUAAAUCAACAUUUGCACUGAUUGCUGAUGGCCACAAAAUAAGUCCACCCUUAUCUCUGACUGUUUUACCAGCAACAACAACAGCUGCUAAAUUUAAGAGGAGGACAACUUCCCCUCCAAGCUCACCUCAGCAAACCCAUGAUCUGAGUGUAGAAGAUCAGGAUCAGGAUUCUACAAAAGCAAAGAUCCCAAAAAUGGAGAGCUAUGGGUUAAACCUCUUGAGCGAUGAAGAAACAGAGCCUUUGAAUUCACCCAUGGACAGCUCAAAUGAAGCUCAAAUGCAGCAACAGAUCUUGCCAAUGGACUGCUCAUUAUUAAGAACUGGUGGAAGCUCCUGUAAUCAACAACCACUAGACCUCUCUAACUAUGUGGGUAAGAAAGAAGGAAAUGAAGAAUUUGUGGAGUCCAUUCUGGACUUGAGUAUAAGUGGAAAGAAUUUAGACUAUGACUCAGCAGGCAUCUACCUUUCUCAGUCUACUUUGAGGAAGAGUAAACCUAACUCUAGCAUGCUUAAAAAGGUGCUUAUGAAUGAGUAUGGUGGGGUAGAUAUCCCUUCUGUUGAGGAUCCAGCUGGUGCUGGAGUCUUCAGUGUUAAUGACAUAACAAACCUUUCUGUUGUGGCAGUGUCUGAUGCAGAUCUACUAAACCCUGAAAAGCUUUUGUUUGAGUUGGCUCUUCCUCCUGCCUCCAUCAAUUCGACCCCUCCAUUGCUCACUCCUAUCAAUAUUCAUCCAGGGCCCCAAGUCCCUCCGACUCAGUCUUCACCUUCUUCAUCCCCAACCUUUGUAUCCUUCCUUUCAAAUCCAACAGUGGAACCCAGUAAGGACAUUCAAACUCUUCAUUCUACCAUCUUGGUACCUGAUAGUGUACCACCCACAGGGUCUGACGAAGGCUGCAUUGAUAAUUCUGUACAUCUCUCACAGGGUGAUCUGAAUAUGACAAUCCCUGACUGGGUAUCCUCUGCAACUGGUGCUCUGGAAACUCUAAUACCUGCAACCCAUUCUCUGAGCUUACAAAGUCCUCAAUGGGUCACUGAUCCUUGUGAACUAGCUCAAAGAACAUUAGUUGUAGACUCUGUUUUGGCUUCUGAUUCCCAGAUAUUUUCUCCAUCUUUGCCUGUAAACCAGUCCAAAGUCACAUCUUUGGCCUUUCCCCCAAACACUGUUAUCAUUGAGUAUACAGUUGCAUUACAAUCUACAGAAAAUAUUCUCCCAGUUCUCCAAGCUAAUUCUGUUCAGAAUCUUUCAGAUAAAAUUCCUGUUGAUGCAUUAAAAGAAGACCAUUAUGUCUCAUCUGAGCCACAACCUCUUAGUCCAGAAACCAACCUAUUGCCAGAAACUUCCACACAGCUGGCACCCGCAGAACAGACAUCAAGCUUUUCAAAUGAUACACCAACUCUUUCUGCUUUAACCAGUGUUUUGAAAGGAGAAAGCAACAAGGAAGGACAGGAAGAUUUUGAGCCCUCUGAUUGUUCUAAGCAAGUAAACAAAGUCAAAGAGGAAUUACCUUCCAUGCAACCUUUUUGCAAGAACUUUACAUGCAAUGUUUGUGAAAAGCCUUUCCAGUCAAUGAAGAUUCUCAGUCAGCACAUCAGCGAACACUCUAAGGAGUGGCCCUAUAAAUGUGAAUUUUGUGUGCAGUUGUUUGAGAGCGACACAAGCUUGCUGGAGCACCGUUCCAGUUAUCACGGCAUUGGUAAAAUUUAUGUCUGUAAAACAUGUUCUAAGGAAUUUGCAUUCCUUUGCAAUUUGGAACAGCACCAGCGCGAUCUCCAUCCGGGUCAAGAAUGCUUGCAUUCUGAUGUAAUACAUGGUAAGUUAAGACCUGAAAACCAUAACAGUCCUAAAACUGAGACAUCUGAUCCAGGCAUCCCAAUUGCAGAACUUAAGCAAGAAUCUGAAAACUCAACCUCAAAAGUGGAGGAGAAUGAACUGGACAAUACCUCUGAAGAGCUGUUCACAACGAUUAAAAGCAUGGCAUCUGGAGGUGUUAAACCAAAAGGCAUAGAUGUACGCUUGGGCAUUAACCAACACUACCCAAGCUUUAAACCUCCUCCAUUUCCAUAUCACAAUAGGACACUUACUGAGACAACAUCUGCAUCAGCCACCAACUUUACCACCCACAACAUCCCUCAGACCUUCAGCACGGCCAUUCGUUGCACUAAGUGUGGUAAGAGCUUUGACAACAUGCCUGAACUGCACAAGCACAUCUUAGCCUGUGCUAAUGCAAGCGACAAAAAGCGAUACACUCCUAAAAAGAACCCUAUACCACUCCAGCAGUUUGCAAAAUGCCAACAUGGUGUUUUAUCACCUGCAAAGUAUGUUAACAGUAGGCAUAAUCUCUAUCAAAAAUUUGGACAGUUGAAAAAACUGAACUUUCACGAAUCACCCGUUAAGAUAAAAAUGAGUAUAUUGAAUAAGAAGAAGUCUCAGCUGGUGCAAAGGGGUAGGCCUGCUGGAGGGAGAAAGGCCUUUGCUCAGGGUGACCUGAAUGUUUUUGCAUGCCCUCAUUGCAGCAGAGAGUUCACAUACAACGCUAGCUUAAAGAAACAUGUAGCGUUUAGCUGCCCCAUGAGGCCGGCCAAUAGAAACUCGAAGAAGAGAACAUUGAGUAUCGUUUCAACCCAGGAGAACAAUGGGAACCUUCAGAGACAAAUUGCAAAUAUGAGCUCAAAACCACAUGGGUCAACCCAUGGGCCAAAAACUAUAACAAAAAGUCAGAUCAUUAGGCAAAAUGAAGCAGUUGUUACCACUCAGCAUUUUAGGCUCAAAAGGUCUACCAUUCUGUCAACAUCUGUGGUUCAACCCAGUAAAAAACGCAAGCCUAUUUUAAGCAGUGGGUUUGCACCGCAGUUGGCUUCAAAUACAAAAGAACUCUCCCCUGAAGCUCAGGUUAACUCUCAGGAGCCAGGUGUUGGUGUACAUAUCUUACGUAGAAAAAUGGAGCUGAGAGUUGGUGAUGUAAAGCCCAGAAGAGAGGACCAUAUGUCUCAGAGGCUGAGAGAGAGAGUUGGAGGACCUGUUACUCGCAGCGUCCAGCAAGCCACCACCACAACAACAGUCCUGAAACAGCCAGACAGUCACAACAUCAUUCGUCCCGUCAUUCUAGAAGUCAAGAAAUGAGAAUUAUGAAAUGAUUAUGAUGUAAACAACGUUUUCCUAAAUGCUUCCUUAGUUAAACACUUAUACCUGUAAAUAUGGUCCAUCUAAAUAUUGGACCUUGUUUAAAUUCAUGCAAAAUGAUGGGUAACAUGAGAUUGACCUUUGUUUUUUCUGGUCAUUUACAUUGUACUGUAUGUUUUAUGACAUGUCAUUAUUUAAUGAUAAGAGAACUCAAUCAACAUAUCAACGUUUGCACAUGCUUUUGCCAUGACAGAGGGCGCUGUUUGGCUUUACACUUUUCAUGUGCACCUUACUGUUGUUUUGACAUGAUUUGAGGAGAUGGUUUAGGUGUUUUAGAUUUAAGUCUAACAGAAAUAUAGAUGAUACAAAUUGGAAAACAUAAAUAUCAAGCCCAAUGUCAUGUUAAAUCAGAGUAUGCAUGUUUUAAAAUUGCUUGAAAAGAUAGGGGAUUGAGGGGGCGGGGUUUGUGCACUUUAUGCUGUAGUUCUUAUUUGCUGGUGUCAAAAUAUAUGGCAAUACAUUUAAUCAUUGACUACUAUUUAUUAAUGUACAUAUUCUGUGUUUAACCGAAGGUCUGUGAGUUUCACACUCAAAAAAGGUAACCGUUAUAGUAACUUGCUUCUAUUUUUGUAGAUUGUAAUUUUUGUGUUUUAUUUAUUGUAUAGAUAGUUUGGUCUAUUCAUGCAUGUCAGAGUUUUCAUGUAUGAUUGAUAGUGUGAUGGUUUAUUUAUUGGAUUCUGCACUGUACCAGAAAAACAGGAGAAUUAAUAAAGGAUACUGUUUACUUGAAAACACCAGGACAUUAAUAGGCAGAAAAAAAAAUUAAGUCCUAUUCACAAGGAAGAUUAAUAAAUAGUGUUAAAAGUCUCUCUCUUUGCAUUUUUUGUUAAUCUGAAAUCAGAUUUGAGUCCCCAUUUGGUGUAUCGAUUAAAUGAUUUAUGACACAAGACAGGCUACUGUUAUAUUGUGCUUCACUUAUUCUUUGCUGAUGGUAAACAUGCUAUUAAACUAAACAGAAAUUCCUAAUAGGAUCAGCGAUUGCCAAUCAUUGUGAUACAGAUAUGUGUUGUAUUAGAUCAAAAAGGUUGUUCCUUAUUUAAGUCUACUGUAAUAAGAACAAGUUAACGGGUGAACACGAAGGCAAAUAUGUACACUGUGAAAUACACUAUGAUGGAUUGUUUGGACUUAAAAUGUUACCAAAGCUUGCAAGCAUUAAGUCACUUAGGCUACUUUGUAAUCUAUCAAAAUUGAUCAUAUAUCUGAACUUGUCUUUUGUACUAUAAGUAGUCAUGACAUGUUACAAAGGAUCCAUUGUCAUUUUGUUAGAAAUUGUGAUAGUGGUGUAAAUUUCAGCACAAACCAACUUUAAUCUUUAUACUAUUGUAAGCCUACUGACAUUCAUUUUGUAACGUUGUUCACAUUUUUAACCCCCUGUUAAUCUCCAGAUAAAAAUAACAUUUCGUUGUAAAUGUGAUUUGGAAAGAGGUAAAAUACUGUUGAACAUCUCCAGAGUUUAGUUGCAUUAAUAUACUUGUUCUUGAAUGAUUAAACUGCUCUGUUUUAAAGUUCA